AUGUGCGACCAAAGCGGUGCUUUGUCCCCAAAGCAGCGGUGCGGCGUUCUGGAGGCCCUCGCGCGGCGCGGCUGGUUCCACGCGGAGCUGGUGGACCGCCUGGGCUUCGGCCUCGCCCCGCACGGCUCCGCCGCCUCUGCGGCGCUGCUGCGCAGCGCGGCGCCGCUGCGCGCCCCGCAGCUCGCCCAGGCAGCGCUGCAGGCGCUGAGAGGACGGCGCCUGGCGGUGGCGGUGGCUGCGCCGCUGGUGCGCUCCGCGCUGCUCGCCGGCAGCCUCGAGGGGCUGCGGCACCUGCGGCUCCGUGGGGCGCUGAAGUUGGAGCUGGGUGACCCGCGGCAGCAGAGGCGCAACAGCCGCGCCUGGGCGGCCCUCUGCGACUGCGCGUGGCGCCUCGACGCGCAGCCGGACGCCGCUUCCCUCGGCGUCAGCGGGUUGGGCCUGGACCCGGCCACGCGGGAGCUGCUGCGCAGCUGGCCCGGCCAGGCGCAGCCGCUGUGCGGCCACUCCGAGAAUUUGGAGACGUCCGUGGCCGCCGCCUUCGCUCGCCUGGGCUGCCAGACGCUUCUGGGCGAGCGCUGCGGUCAUCUGCGGCUGCCGCUGCUGCUGCCGGAUCUGAAGAUCACGGUGCUGUGCCUGGAGGCCGAGGCCAUGGUGCAGGAUCUGCAGAGCGAGGCUCGCUGGCUGCGGCCUUUGACGCAGCUGCAGGUGGAGCAGCUGGAGCACCGGGGGUACAAGGUGCAGAUCCUUUGGCACUGGCCGCAAGACCACGCGGCCCAGGAGCUGGUGCUGCGGAAGACGUUGGCUUCCGCGCUGCAGGCCGCUGUGCCCCGAAGCCGGCGCCGGGGGGCGCCGUCCUGA